AUAAUCCAUGCAUUUCACAAACUCAUUUCCUUAAAGGCCCAUAAUGGGUUUUAUAGCAUACUAGGUUCCUAAGCACCUCUUGAAGCAGCUUCCUUCUCCAUUAUAAACAUACCCCACCAUAAAAGCCUACUUGCUGCACAAAUUAUAAGGCUUUUUCUCUAUGAAAUAAGGCUUUGUUUUAUUAAAUGAAGAAAACCUCAAGUAGUAGUGAACUCAAAUACCAAGUGCUAACACAGAAGAAUUUCUUUUGAACAGUAAUUACCUUUUAAGUAAUUUACUCCAUUUCAGGAUGGGAUUUUUUUACUGCUGGUCUUAGGGUUUGGGGGUGGGUUUUUAUGUUUAGCUAGAGAGGGCUGCAUCUAUUUGAGAAAAGAUUAGUUACCAAGAAUCCAGAUUAUCUUCUACAAAGGUGCCACUGCAAUUUUUUUAGCUAAACGUCUCUAAUGAUCUCUUUAGUAACAUCCAACAAUGCCUCUUAGUUACCAUACACAUCUACUAAUUAGCUGGCUUUGGUGAAAUCACUCCACCGGUGGCUCCUGCUCCUCUUACCCGUAGCCAGCACAAAGUCACUAUCUUUGAAACUGCCUUCAGUCCAACUGACGCAUUUUCCUCAACGCCACAUCUUCAUAGUUCAUGAAGGAACUUCCCGCACAUAGACCGGCUGUGCACAGGUAGUCACCGUUAGUUCCUCACGGGUGCAUCACGCCUAUCGCUGUACUAAGGUAUUUUUGUAGACACUGUAUUUUUUAGGCAGCUGGCGGACCGUGCUGCCUCUGCUCCGCUCCGCCCCACCCGCAGGGCCAGCCCAGCUGACAGGGUUUGGCUGCUGCGAGCUCAGACCUCCCGCGGCGGCACUCCCCGGGCUCUCCACUACCGCUGCCCGUGCCCUCACCGCAGAGCCUGGGAGAGCCCCCAGAGCCGCCGCUGCCCACCCCCCUGCGAACCGAGGCGGCCCAGGGUAGCCGCCGCCGAGCCGCCCCGCGGUACCUGACUCAGGGGCGGUGCCAGCCUCACGCACGCCCGCUUCCGCCGCGCGCGCGCAGGCCGGACACGGCGCCGCUUGACCCUCGGAGGAGCGGCUUCCGCCCGGCGGCGAGGAUGACACAGGCGGAGAAGGGCGAGGCGGAGAACGGGAAGGACAAGGAGCGGGACCGGGAGCGCGAGCAGCGCGGCGUCAAACGGCCCAUCGUUCCCGCCGCUGUGCCCGAGUCCCUGCAAGAGCAAAUACAGAGCAACUUCAUCGUGGUGAUACACCCCGGCUCGACCACCCUGCGGCUCGGGAGGGCCACGGACACGCUGCCCGUGGGCAUUCCGCAUGUUAUCGCGCGGCGGCACAAGCAGCAGGGGCAGGCGGCCUACCGGGACAGCUGGCUCCUAAGGGACGGGCUCAAUAAACCUGAAAGUACUGAGCAGAGACAAAAUGGCCUUAAAAUGGUGGAUCAAGCAAUAUGGUCCAAAAAGAUGUCGAACGGCGCGAGGCGCAUACCAGUGUCACCUGAUCAGGCCAGGUCAUACAACAGACAGAUGCGGCCAGCUAUUUUAGAUCACAGUUCUGGGGCCAAGUGGACGAAUACAUCAAAUCAUCCUGAAUUUUUGGUAGGAGAAGAGGCACUGUAUGUUAAUCCACUAGAUUCGUACAAUAUACAUUGGCCUAUUAGAAGAGGUCAGUUGAAUCUCCAUCCAGGACCUGGUGGCUCCCUCACUGCAGUAUUAGCAGACCUUGAAGUUAUAUGGUCACAUGCAAUACAAAAAUAUCUGGAAAUACCAUUGAAAGACCUAAAGUACUACAGGUGCAUUUUACUGAUUCCAGACAUCUAUAAUAAACAACACGUGAAAGAACUGGUAAAUAUGAUCCUAAUGAAGAUGGGCUUCUCAGGAAUUGUUGUGCACCAGGAGUCUGUCUGUGCUACCUUUGGAAGUGGUUUAAGCAGUGCGUGUAUAGUAGAUGUGGGAGAUCAGAAGACAAGUGUUUGCUGCGUAGAAGAUGGUGUUUCCCAUCGUAAUACCAGGCUGUGCCUUGCAUAUGGAGGAUCUGACGUGUCAAGGUGUUUUUAUUGGCUUAUGCAACGAGCAGGAUUCCCAUAUAGAGACUGUCAGUUAACUAAUAAGUUGGAUUGCCUGCUGCUUCAGCACCUAAAGGAGACAUUUUGUCAUCUAGACCAGGAUAUUUCCGGAUUGCAAGAUCAUGAGUUCCAAAUUCGGCAUCCGGAUUCUCCAGCUUUACUGUACCAGUUCCGUUUAGGGGAUGAAAAAUUACAGGCUCCAAUGGCUCUGUUUUAUCCAGCAACUUUUGGAAUUGUUGGACAAAAAAUGACAACUUUGCAACACAGGUCACAAGGUGACCCUGAGGAUCCUCAUGAUGAACAUUAUCUGGUAGCCACACAAACAUCUGAUGAUACAAAAAAGAAGAUGUACAGCUCUAUCUUAGUAGUGGGAGGAGGCCUCAUGUUUCAUAAAGCUCAAGAGUUUCUUCAACACCGAAUUCUCAACAAAAUGCCACCCUCUUUCAGAAGAGUUGUUGAAAAUGUUGAAGUCAUCACAAGACCUAAGGAUAUGGAUCCCCGCUUAAUUGCAUGGAAAGGAGGUGCUGUUUUAGCCUGUCUUGAUACAACUCAGGAGCUGUGGAUAUAUCAGCGAGAAUGGCAGCGGUUUGGUGUCAGAAUGUUACGAGAGCGAGCUGCAUUUGUAUGGUAAUGAAUGGAUAUGGUUACAGUGGAACCUGCCUAAUGGAAGAUUCCUCUCUCCAAAUGCCCCUUUUUUCCAGUGCAGAUGUAUUGAUCUUCUGCUGAUAGAUAUUUUUGUAUUUUAUUAAAAUUAACUUCAACUGAGAUUUUUUUCCAGGUGGUGCAAAAAAUCUUACUGCACAUCACUUCAGUGUUGCUAUCCUUCCUCUCUUGAAUUGUGUGCACUGAAGUCUGUGUACAGAGUAUUUCAGUCAUCUCCAAAUUUACAUUUGUAUUAUACAAGUUGUGUACAUGAAAAUUGCACCAUGUGGGAAUUUGAGGCAUAAAAUAUUGAUGUGGCAGAUGUUAAACCAAGAUUCAUGCCAGAUACAUGUACACAGAAGCAAUAGCUGAAGAGUGCAGGUUGUGGGUUUAAUGCCUUAUUCUGAUUCGUACUCUAAUGUUACCAGGAGAUGGAAUUGUUAUUACAUAACAAUUAUGGAAUUGUUAUAUAGAUCAUCAUGGAAAAAGUGAAAUGGAGACCCAAAACUACAGUUGCUGUUAGUAUUUUGCUUAUAUAAUAAAUUAUGUUAUUCAGUGGAAAGA